ACUAUCCCUGCUCACAAGUAAAUAUCAUACUCUGUGGACCAUUCUCCUCUGUCUGCAUUUUGUGAAGAUAAGAUGUCCUCUCAACACACAUACCAUGUACUUCCAAUCCCCUAAAUUUUAGGGUUUAAGAGCAUAUUCCUUCCUUGUUCUUUUCCACUAAUAAUAUGGCAGCUAUUAGUUCCAUUUUCCUCAAUAUCAGUGCACACCCAAUUAGAAGACUAUGUAAGGGAAAGAGUAGUUUCUUCAGGUUUAGUAGAAUUUGUGUUGUAUCUUCACAUACAAAUCAAAAGAUUCUGAAACCCAAUAGAAAGUCUAGGUUUGGGCAGCCAAUAUCGCCUUAUGACUCUGAGUCUGAUCAUGAUGAUGAUGAAGCUGACAGUUCUGAAGAUGAAGAAGAGGAAGAUGACGAUGACGUUUUGAUUUCUGAUGAUGAAUCUCUAGAUGUUAAAGUUUCCGGUCGCGAUCAGCAGCGCCUGAAGUUUCAGAAUGCAACACAAAUCAGACGAGACAGUCAUUACCAUUCAGAAAGAGGAUUGAACACAAAAUUGGGACACCGGAGGCAAACUCCUGAGAUAACCCAAGAUUGCAGAGAAAAGGAGGCAAGCGGGAGCUUGGCUAAGGACAGGUUUAGUCAUCUAGCAGAGGAACUAGAUCUGGAUGAGAAAUGGUUUCCGCUUCUUGAUUACCUAAGUACCUUCGGAUUUAAGGACUCUCACUUCGUCCAGAUGUAUGAAAGGCACAUGCCUUCCCUUCAAAUAAAUAAGACUUCUGCACAGGAAAGGUUGGAAUUCUUGUUGGGCGUGGGUGUCAAACAUAAAGACAUCAGGAAGAUAAUAUUGAGGCAGCCUCAACUUCUUGAGUAUACUGUGGAAAACAAUCUGAAAUCCCAUGUCACAUUUUUGGCUAGUUUGGGUAUCCCAGACUCAAGAAUAGGGCAGAUAAUUACUGCAACUCCGUCCCUUUUUUCCUAUAGUGUGGAAAAUUCAUUAAAACCCACAGUAACAUACUUGCUUGAGGAGGUUGGUAUCGAGAAGAGUGACUUGGCUAAAGUCGUGCAGUUAAGCCCUCAAAUUCUGGUGCAGCGGAUUGACACUUCAUGGACAGCCCGCUUCAAUUUUCUCACCAGAGAAUUGGGUGCACCCAGAGAUAGUAUUGUCAAAAUGGUUAGGAAGCAUCCUCAAUUACUUCACUACAGCAUUGAGGAUGGAUUGCUUCCCCGGAUUAAUUUCUUGAGGAGCAUUGGAAUGCGCAAUUCAGAGAUAGUGAAAGUGUUAACUAGCAUUACACAGGUCUUCUCUCUAUCACUUGAGGGGAAUCUGAAACCUAAGUACAAGUACUUGGUUAAUGAACUUGGCAAUGAAGUGAGAUCAUUGACUAAGUAUCCCACGUACCUAAGCUUAUCGCUGGAUCAGAGAAUUAGGCCACGCCACAUGUUUUUGGUUUCUCUAAAGAGGGCUCCCAAAGGACCAUUUCCAUUAAGUUCAUUCGUCCCAACUGAUGAAUCUUUUUGUCAGCAGUGGGCAAGAACUAGCUUGGACAAAUAUCUUGAUUUUCGGCAGAGAUUGCUUCUAAAGGAACUUGCCAGAAAAUAUGAAAGACGAUAAUUUGUUUGAGCUUACUGGUAGCAGAUCUUCUGCCCUGCGUCUUAUUAUAUAAGGCUAAUUUUGUGGAAUGAUUUUGUAGCACUUAGGUGAAAGUUAAAGAUAUAUACACAUACCCAAGGUAAGCAAGAUUCUCUAUUUAUGUUUGUUUUUUCAAGAGCUAUUUCUUUUUGCUUAACUUGAUACUGAAUAGUCUUCAAUAACUUUCAAUGCAGGAACCAGGUCAUUUUCUUCUUUACACAGUUAGGACAUACAAUUUCAGCAGUUAAAGUGGGACUUCUGCACUACCUUGAGGUUUGAUGUCAAAUCACACAAACAGGACCCCAUAUUUUCAAGGUGUAGCAUGUCUUUUUUUAGAAAAAGAUCUUUUUUGGGAAUUUAAUUGCAAGUGUAAUUAUAUAAUGGUACAGUAUAUAUUGUGAGAUACUGCACAAAAUUUUGACAUCAUCAGCUGGCUGUUGUAAUAUGUGGCCAUUUUACUACAUGUUUGUACCUUGCUGCAAAUGUUCAAAAGGCAGCUUUGGAGACCCUUUCGUUUACUGAGAAAAUCUCAGUUAAGGAACUUAUUGAAAUAAAUUUGUUGUCUAGUUCUCUCUUACAUUUGUAAUUAAUUGUGUUUUCAGCUGGUGCAUAAUCUGAGUGUAACAACUUUGUAAAAUAACAUUAGGUAAAAAGCUUCUUC